AUCCAUCAUUUCAUGUACUUUUUCUUUUUGGUUUGUUUUCUUUCUUUCUUUCUUCUAUUCUAUUUGUUUUGUCCAUUAGCAACAGAAUUAAGCACAAUGCAUAAUCACACCCAUCAAUACCCUCUUCCUUGUUUGUAUUGUCAUCCACAUAGCUAUAUUAGGAUGGUUCAAAAUUUGAUAGAGAGAUGCUUGAUGUUUCAAAUGAGUCAAGACCAAUGCAUAAAGACAUUAGAAGAACAUGCAAGGAUUGAGCCACUUGUUACUCUUACAGUGUGGAGAGAGUUGCAAAAAGAGAAUGAGGAGUUCUUUAGAGCAUAUUACUUUUCAGUUGGUCAUUUUGAAAGGAAACAUUGGAAAUGAUCAACCAUGUGAGAUGGAUAUAUUAGUUUGAUUGAUUAUAUAUAAGAAAUAAGUUGUAGCUAGGAUUUAUUUGAUUAGUAUUUCCUUUAGAACUUGUGAUCAUGAGGCAUAUAUAUUAUAUAUUAUAUAGUGUUUAAUGGUUAAGGUUGUACCAUAUUCCCAUUAGUUAUAACUUUUGGCCUAAUGUAAACUAUGCGACAAAACUGAUUAAAGUCUUGUAUAUUUACUUUUGCUAUUUUUAAUGUUAAGUUGAGGUUUAUAUUGUAAAUGAUAAAAGGUUCAGGUUUGAUUGUAAAUGAAGCUGUCCUUGAAAUCAUUCAUAUAGACUUAUUUCCAAAAGCAGCUAUGAAGCAUGGAGACCUCUAGGAGUUGGAGUGUUGCGGUGUCCGACACGCGUCGGUAUUUGACACUUGUAUGACACCUGUAAGAGAUGUGUCGGAAAAGU